GGAUGUCAAGGAAGUUUUGAGGGUUUUUGGGGGGGUGAAAACAGCAAAGUCUGGGAUAUUCUUAAUAUUUUCUUCGAAAUUUACAGAAUACAUUUUUGGAAGCAAGCAAACAGUUCACUAUUUUGAAGUUUGCAUGUUAGUUAUUUACAGAACAUUGUUGAACCCCUGACUGAGCCAACAUGGAUUCCUCUCCAGUACUGCGUCAGCAAUGUCAGAACACAAUCCUGAACGACCAUUCAAGUCUCAACAGAAUGACAGCAGACACAAAGCCAGGCUCUGAACACCCCUCUGUACCCCACCCUUACAAAUACCUCUCUGUACCCCACCCUUCCAAACACCCCUCUGUACCCCAUGGCCAUCCUUCCAAACUGGGGCCUGAGAACAAGGACCCAGCAGCAGCCUCAGACAACAGUCCUAAACUCACUACAAAACCGCUGGGCAUCAGCAGGCUGCCAGUGCUGGCCAAGUCCCUGCCCCUUAAGACUCCCUCUUACUUCACGCUGUCACACAAGAGAUGGGAGGACAACUCUCUAGCGGGUAAAGCCAAGAGGAUGAAACCAAGCACCAAGCCUGUGCCUUUCAACUUCUCUAAUCACAAGGCAAACCGAAUGGGGGCACAGAACCAGAGGGGACCGCUGGCUGCUACUGCAAGGGCUGGUGCUCAACCAACCCAACCUAAAAGUACUUUUAGCACUGCUGCCCAUCUAAAAACAAGACCCACAACAACCACUGCCAAACUGCCCAGUAGCAUCCCAGCAAUUCAUAACAAGGCCCAAUCAAAGUCAACAGUAGAGCUUGCUGUUCAACUCCCAACACUAAACUUGGCAGCUAGAAAAGCAGGCCCAGGGCCUGGCAGUGUCUUGUCACAGCAAAAUAGAGAGUCGGGGAAGCCUCAUCAGACCCAGGCUCCCAGUGCUGCCACCUCCAUGUCUUUGUCUCAACAUCCAAAAGGAAAGGCCCAGUCUUCAGAUAAUCUAUUGCACGUACCUGGAUUGGGACAACUUUCCAGACCUCCCAGUUCAUUUGCUCUUGGCUCAGGUCUUUCGUCCAGUGCUUUCUCAUUUAGUAGUGCCUCCACUGCCUCAGCCCAGCCUACUGCCCUCACUACGGAAGCCUGUGGGGGCCAUUUUGACAUGCUCAGCCUGAAAGAUCCUUCCAUGCCUGGGCAGUUACCAAGUAGUAGCGCUGGGAGUGUGGAGGCUACCUUCCACUCUGACCCCUCUGCCCUACGUAGUAUCCUCCAGAAUGAGGGAAUCAGUGCAGCCAGGGUCUUUAUGUCCAGCCGUCCCUCUACUCAAGCCUAUAACAACAUGCCUCAGAGAGUGUCCAUCAUGAAGAAUGGUCCGAAGACAGCGCUCUCUGCUGGUCCUGUCAGGAAUGUAAAGUUGUCUCCGGCCCUGGGCAACAUCCUGCAAACUGACGGGGUCCGCUACCCUCUGGAGCUGGAGAGGGUAUCUGUCAUGAAGAGUCACCAGACGACAGCAGCUUCUGCAGGUCCAGUAAGGUCUGUUCAGUUCUCCCCUAAGCCUUCAUCCCUCAACAGUAUCCUGCAGGAUGAAGGGGUCAGCUACUCUCUCCAUCCCCAGAGAGUGUCUGUCAUGAAGAGUCACCAGAAGACUGCAACCUCUGCAGGUCCAGUACGGAGUGUUCAGUUCUUCCCAGAUGCUGCAGCCCUCGGCAGCAUCCUGCAGAAUGAAGAGGUGAAGGCUGGGAGACCCCUGGAAGCCACACCCCAGUGCGCCUCUGCCUGUCCAUCUGGCAGGGGCACCUCCAUCUACACUGCACAGCGAGUACCUAUCACAAAGUGGCCCACUGAAGCACUUGGAGAACCUAUGGUGACAUCAGUCAGCCUGACCCCAGCCUUAAAGUGGACACCCCAGCGGGUCCCUGACACAAGGCAUCAGCCCAUGUCCAUGAGGAGGCUCCUGUCUGCCCAUUGGACCCCCUACGCAGGCUCUCCCAGACUCAGGGGCCUCCAGGGCCACAGCGGAGAUCUGGAGACAUGUAAGGAGGAGGUUGUCCAGACAUUGUUUAAGGAGACUGAAGAGGAAGAACGGACAGACGGUGUGGUGUUGGAUCAAGACCCUGCUGAGACGCGAGCAGACCAACAGCUGGCGAAGGAGGAGAAGCAAAGUAACACAGGAGGACGACUCCAGACUUUCUUCCAAGCCCCACACAGAGAAUCAGUCAUUUUCUUCUCAACUGGCAAGGAGCUGCACAGAGCAGCUCCAGCACACGAACAGGAGAGUCCUGUGGCCGGAUCUCUGGAGCGAGGUGGGCCCAUGGAGCAUUGUGCUGCAGCAGAACAGGAGGCGAUGCACCUCCUCCCUCUGCAUCCAGAGUUAGACAGAGCCUCUGCACCAGAGAUCCCUGAAGUCACAGCUGCAGCCACAGAUCUGACCAGGUUGACCAAACUCUCAGCUUUUGUCCCCCUGAGCCAGCCCAGAGAUAGUAUUAUGUUCCCAAAGAGCGGUGCUCUGAGUUCUGCUACCGCCUUGCUCCGCCGGCGCCUCCCCUCUCUGAAGGAGCUGCGUCUGGAUGUGGAGGUGGCCACCUACACCUCCUCCCCAUUCCUACCUCCCUCGUCAUCUUGGCCCCUGCAGACCCGCUGUGGAAACCCUGUAGCAGCAGCCCUGCAUCUCCAGGACUACACUCUCUCACUGUAGGUUAUGGAUGUGAUUGGGAUCUGUACUCUUCGCUGGCCACUCCAGAACAGUCCAGCAUCUCGUCUUGAACCAUUUCAAGGUGCUUUUUGAUGUAGCAAGACAACAACAAAAAAAAACACAAGAACCAUCACCUUCAAUGGAGACCCAGUUUUUGGACACUGGGUCGAACAUCAAUCUGCUGAUUACAUGAUGUCUUGCACACGUUGAAGGCCCCCAGUACCAGAGGCAGCAAAGCAACCCCCCCACCCAUGUUUAAUUGUAGGGAGGGUGUUAUUUUUUUUCCUUCAAUUUCAGUUAUUUAAGAAAAGUACAAUGGUGCCAAUACAUUUGGCCGCAACUGUAUUAGUCCUAUAGGCAUUUAUCUAUAGCCUCAUUCCUCCAGCAGCCGAUUUGAUAAACAAGACUUGGUAGGAUAACAUCGUGAGACCAUCCAAUCUAUAUAGAUGAGGAUUCAUGUUCAUUGUGGAUUAAUCAGAAGAGCAUCAUUGAUCAUGUGAUAGUUGAAAGUAUUUAAUACUCUUUUCCUGUUCUUCCCGUUCAUUCCUCCCCUUUUAGUUUUUUCAGCCAAUUAUCUUUGACCCCUCAUCUACUUCCUACUCCUCUCCUCUCUGGCAGAGAUGAUGACUGUUUCACUGUUAUUUUUUUUUAGUCUGGUCUAGUUUACUGAUAAGAAGAGACCCGUAAUGGAUUGUUAAGCUACGUCUUUAAGGAAUGUGUAUGUUUGUUUUCCGAACCCUGUUAUAGCAAGAUUUGCUGUCACACUUACAAAAUAUCUAUUAUUGCUCAAAGUAGCUACUUUUCCAAAACGUAACAUACCCAUGUUUAAUAAUGUAUCAAGUUAGAAACAUUUUUACCACAUUGGCAUGCACUGGCUAUAUAAUGCUAAUAAUUGUUAUUUCUGACAGUAUUACAGUAUGCAAAAUAUCCAAGAAUGAGACAUUUUUACAUUUUGAUUGGAAUCAGAAACUAAGUGAAUGAAUUGGUGUCCAGAAAUCAAAUGUUGGUGGGUACCAAUGAUUGAAAUCUAUGAUUUCAGAGUAGGCUACUGAACCCAUUGGGAAUUGUUAACUUGAUCAAUGUUGCAAUAAAAUGUAUUUAUUACAUCUUUCAAAAAUACGAAAGUAAAAUUUUCUUUGACACUUUUUAGAAAAACAUAUACACCGUAUGUGUAUUAUGUUUGCUUUUUUUCAUGGUGUGUGUGUGUAUGUAUAGUGACCUAGUUCAACACUAACCAAAUGAGUCCCAAAUCAGAUUUGCUCAAUUGUUUAUAAUAAAUGUAUAUGAACUUUC